AAAAUUGAUCUGGAGUAUUGACCCUAUCCCAAAAAUUUCGAGAAAGAAAAGGGAGAGUGUGAACGUGAAAUGGAGGUCUCUCUUUCCGAUCUUUUUCUCUCGUGCUUUAUAUUCUAACGUCCAGCGCAGCACACCCAUCUCUCUCUCUCUCUCUCUCUAUAUUAUCUAUCUCUAUCUCUCUCUCUCUCUACACCGCUCUCAACGUGGAAUUCGCCAACCGAGUCUUUCCACCGACUUAAACGUCUCCGAUCGCUGGAACUUACCGGAAAGAAAACUUUUCUUUCUACUUGUCAUGGCUUCAAGAUCGUGCACAAAUCUUUUUGACUUGGCCUGUGGGGGCCUGUUGGAUAUUCCUUGUACGCCUAGGUCGCUUCCCCGUGUGAUGACUGUUCCUGGUAUCAUCUCCGACUUGGAUAGCUGUAGUAAUAAUGAUGGGGACUCAGACAGUAGUUCAUCGAUAUGUCGUGAUAGGAAGAUUAUAGUGGCAAACAUGUUGCCUUUGCAUGCGAAAAGAGAUCCAGAAACUGCCAAGUGGUGCUUCAGUUUGGAUCAGGACUCACUUCUAUUGCAUAUAAAGGAUGGGUUUUCUUCUGAAACUGAGGUUAUUUAUGUUGGGUCACUCAAAGCUGAAAUAGAUGCCAGUGAACAGGAAGAAGUAGCACAAAUAUUGCUGCAGGAUUUUAACUGUGUGCCUACAUUUCUUCCCCAUGAUCUCCAAAAAAAGUUCUAUCUAGGAUUUUGCAAACAGCAGUUGUGGCCUCUUUUUCAUUACAUGCUGCCUAUGUGCCCUGACCAUGGUGAUAGAUUUGACCGCUUGCUGUGGCAGGCCUAUGUAUCUGCUAACAAAAUAUUUGCAGACAAGGUCAUGGAAGUGAUAAAUCCUGAUGAUGAUUUUGUCUGGGUUCAUGACUAUCACUUAAUGAUUCUUCCAACAUUUUUGAGGAAGCGAUUUUAUCGAGUAAAGCUUGGAUUUUUCCUCCAUAGUCCAUUUCCGUCCUCAGAAAUCUAUCGAACUUUGCCUGUUCGUGAUGAAAUCUUGAGGGGUUUGCUGAACUGCGAUUUAAUUGGUUUCCAUACAUUUGACUAUGCACGUCACUUCCUCUCAUGCUGCAGCAGAAUGCUUGGACUGGACUAUGAAUCUAAGAGAGGAUAUAUUGGACUUGAUUAUUUUGGCCGCACUGUGUAUAUUAAAAUUCUCCCUGUAGGUGUUCACAUGGGUCGGCUCGAAUCAGUGUUGAACCUUCCUUCUACAUCUGCAAAGAUUAAGGAGAUUCAAGAACAGUUUAAGCAGAAAAAGGUGAUACUUGGAGUUGAUGACAUGGAUAUAUUCAAAGGCAUCAGCCUCAAACUUCUAGCUGUUGAACAGCUCUUGCAGCAGAAUCCUGAGUUACAGGGAAAAGUAGUCCUGGUUCAGAUUGUGAAUCCUGCAAGGGGCUCAGGGAAGGAUGUCCAGGAAGCAAGGAGUGAGACAUACUUAACUGCCAGAAGGAUUAAUGAGGUUUAUGGUUCAUCUGACUACGAACCAGUGAUUCUAAUUGAUCGUCCUGUUCCACGUUUUGAGAAGAGUGCCUAUUAUGCUGUGGCAGAAUGUUGCAUAGUGAAUGCUGUGCGGGAUGGAAUGAACUUGGUACCUUAUAAGUAUAUUGUUUGCAGGCAGGGAACUCCAUGUAUGAAUGAAGCCAUGGGUAUCAAAGCAGACACCCCACGUACAAGCAUGCUUGUUGUGUCUGAAUUUAUUGGUUGCUCACCUUCUCUAAGUGGAGCAAUCAGGGUUAACCCUUGGGACGUUGAUGCUGUUGCUGAUGCCUUAAAUUCGGCACUCACCAUGCCUGAUUCUGAGAAGCAGCUACGGCAUGAGAAACAUUACCGAUAUGUUAGUUCUCAUGAUGUGGGUUAUUGGGCACGCAGUUUUGUGCAGGAUUUGGAGAGAGCAUGCAGGGAUCAUUACAGCAAACGGUGCUGGGGAAUUGGUUUGGGCUUGGGAUUCAGGGUAGUUUCUCUUUCUCCAAGCUUUAGGAAGUUGUCUAUUAACCAUAUUGUGUCAGCAUACAAAAGCACAAACCGAAGGGCUAUUUUUCUGGACUAUGAUGGCACUGUUGUUCCCCAAAAUUCUAUUAAUAAGGCCCCAAGUCCUGAAGUUAUCUCAAUGCUGAAUUCCCUGUGCAAUGAUCCUAAGAACACUGUGUUUAUUGUUAGUGGGAGGGGGAGAAGCUCUCUGGGUGAGUGGUUUGCCCCUUGUGAGACGCUUGGAAUUGCAGCUGAACAUGGGUACUUCUUAAGGUGGAGUACAACUUCUGAGUGGGAAACUAGUAGCGUUGCUCCUGACCUCGAAUGGAAAGAAAUUGUUGAACCUGUAAUGAGAUUGUACACAGAGGCAACAGAUGGCUCAAGCAUAGAAAUUAAAGAGAGUGCUUUGGUGUGGCAUCAUCAAGAUGCAGACCCUGAUUUUGGAUCUUGUCAAGCCAAAGAAUUGCUGGAUCAUCUGGAAAAUGUGCUUGCCAAUGAACCAGCAGUUGUUAAGAGGGGUCAGCAUAUUGUUGAAGUUAAACCACAGGGAGUAAGCAAAGGGUUAGUUGCUGAAAAGGUUCUUCUGAGAAUGGUCAAAGACAUGAAAGCGCCAGAUUUCGUGAUGUGCAUUGGAGAUGACAGAUCAGAUGAAGACAUGUUUGAGAGCAUAUUAAGUACUGUGUCUAGCCCAUCCAUGCCUGCACCUCCAGAGAUCUUUGCCUGCACUGUUGGCAGAAAGCCAAGCAAGGCUAAGUAUUAUCUUGAUGAUGCUGUUGAUGUCGUAAAGCUACUUCAAGGCCUUGCAGCUGCUUCAAUCCCAAAACCCAGGCAUCUUCCUCAUAUUCAGGUUUCUUUCGAGAGUUCCUUUUGAGUUGAUCAGGGUCUGGGGCAGUUGAUUGGCUUGGUAUACUUGUGAACCUUUUCUUUUGGUUAGAGGGAAAUCAAUACAAGAUUUGGUUAUUCGUCUUAACCUGAUGCAUAAAGGGAGUUUGAUAAUGCCAAUCUGAUUCGACAAUUUUGGUGCAUUUGUUUGAUCAUCCAGUUGAGUAUUCUUGAUCUUGUAUAUGGUGACAUCAAUCUUAUAUUCAUGGGUGCCCGAUAAGAGUUGUUUGUUUCUAGGAUCGGUUUUUUAGAUGUUCAUAAUUGCUGUCUUAUUUGGUUAGGGGCACCAUUAACUUGUAUAGAUACAAUAUCUGUUACGGUAGUUAAAACGCCAGUUUGGUCCAAGAUUUCAAUGGCUUCUUGCUAACUGAUGAUUUUACCAUUUCAGCAUCAUCUUACAUUGAUGAGUUGGGUGCUAUAGAUAUCGCAAUUGUUAUUA